AUUUUUGCUGACACGCUUUCAGCCGUUUUUUUCGGGAACGAUUGGUUCGGGUGUGCUGGCACAAAAGCAGCAGAGAGCACAUGAGCAGAGAGAGUGAGCCAGAAAACUUGCUUGCUGUCAUCUUCACAACCAACCCCUCUCAUCCCAUCAUCAUCUGCCAUCGUCAUCGGAACGACGUGUUCCUCCAUCUGUGCUGAGUGCCUUGGUUGUUGCUGUGCUGUCUGACGUGGACCUUGGGAAGAUGGUUGAGCUUCCCGUCAAGCCGUGGAAGAAGACCACGGCUGAGCUCCUCAAGGAGCUGCAAGUCGAUGAGAAGAAGGGUCUCUCCGACCAGCAAGUGAAGGAACGCCUGGAGAAGUUUGGACACAAUGAGCUUCCUGAGGAAGAGGGCAAGUCGCUCCUCGAGCUUGUCCUGGAGCAGUUUGACGACCUCCUUGUCAAGAUUCUCCUUGCCGCCGCCACCAUCUCCCUGGGCCUUGCCUUCUUCGAGGAGGACCCAGAUGAGCAGUUUACCGCCUUUGUCGAGCCGUUUGUCAUCGUCGUUAUUCUCAUCCUCAACGCCAUCGUCGGCGUGUGGCAGGAGCGCAACGCCGAGUCUGCCAUUGCUGAGCUGAAGCAGUACGAGUCUGAGACCGCCAAGGUGAUCCGUCAGGCCACCGGUACCCACGUGGAGGAGAUUGCCGGCCGCGACCUCGUCAUCGGCGACAUUGUCGAGGUUGCCGUUGGUGACCAGAUCCCAGCUGAUCUCCGCGUCAUCAAGCUCCUCAGCACCACCCUCAAGAUUGACCAGUCCAUCCUCACUGGUGAGAGUGACUCUGUGAUGAAGCACCCCGAGCCCAUCCCCAUCGACGAUGCCGUCAACCAGGACAAGAAGAACCUCCUCUUCUCUGGCACCAUGGUGAACAGCGGCAAGGCGCUUGGCGUGGUUGUGUCGACUGGCAACCACACGGAGAUUGGCAACAUCAACAAGGAGCUGACGAGCGACGAGGACCGCAAGACGCCGCUCAAGAUCCGUCUUGAGGAGUUUGGCGAGCGCCUCUGCAAGUGGAUUACAUACAUUUGCAUUGCUGUGUGGGUGAUCAACAUCAACCACUUCAACGACCCCGUGCACGGUGGCAGCUACAUCCGCGGCGGCAUCUACUACUUUAAGAUUGCCGUUGCCCUCGCCGUCGCCGCCAUCCCCGAGGGCCUGCCCGCCGUCAUCACCACCUGCCUUGCCCUCGGCACCCGCCGCAUGGCCAAGAAGAACGCCCUCGUGCGCAAGCUCCCCUCCGUUGAGACGCUCGGCAGCACCAGCGUCAUCUGCUCCGACAAGACCGGCACCCUCACCACCAACCAGAUGUGCGUCCUCGAUUUUUUCACCGUCAACAACGACAAGUCGCUGCACUGCUACAAUGUCUCUGGCUCGAGCUUUGAGCCCGUCGGCGACAUCACCAUCAACGGCCGCCCCGCUGAUGUCAAGAGCUCCAAGGCCGCCGUGGAGCUGGCUACCGUGUGCACCCUGUGCAACGACUCGUCUCUCACCUACACCGAGGAGAAGGGCUACCAGAAGGUUGGCGAGCCCACAGAGGCCGCCCUGCUCGUCCUCGUCGAGAAGAUGGAUGUCCUCAGCACCAAGGACUCGUCCCUGCUUGCCAAGAACAAGGCCCUGCGCAAGCUCUACUCCCGCGACCUCACCCUCGAGUUUAGCCGCGAGCGCAAGCGCAUGAGCGUGUAUGCCAGCCGCGACGGCCAGGGCAAGCUCUACGUCAAGGGCGCCCCCGAGCGCAUUCUCGAGCGCUGCACCAAGGUCCGCCUGGACGACGGCAGCACCGCGGACAUGACCGACGAGCUGCGCGCCCGCAUUGAGAAGCAGACGCUCGCCUACGGCACGGGCUCCAACACCCUGCGCUGCCUCGGCUUUGCUGUCGUCGACGAGCCCAUGUCGCUCGAGGAGAUUCGCAAGCUCUCCGUCGACGCGAAGAACUUUGACCAGAUUGAGACCAACCUGACGUUUGUCGGUGUGAUUGGCAUGCUGGACCCACCGCGUGAGGAGGUCAAGGCGUCGAUUGCGGAGUGCGCCAACGCCGGCAUCCGCGUCAUUGUCAUCACGGGCGACAACAAGGAGACGGCCACCGCCAUCUGCCGCCGCAUUGGCAUCUUUGGCGAGAACGAGGAUGUCACGGGCAAGGCCUUCACCGGCACCGAGUUUGCCAAGAUGAGCGAGAAGCAGCAGGACGAGGUUGUGCGUCACGCGCGCCUGUUUGCCCGCGUCGAGCCCGCCCACAAGUCCCGCAUUGUCACGCUGCUGCAGAAGCAGAAGGAGAUCUCCGCCAUGACCGGCGACGGCGUGAACGACGCGCCUGCGCUGAAGAAGGCCGACAUUGGCGUGGCCAUGGGCAGCGGCACCUCUGUUGCCAAGUCCGCCGCCGCCAUGGUGCUCGCCGACGACAACUUUGCCACCAUUGUUGCCGCUGUGGAGGAGGGCCGUGCCAUCUACAACAACACCAAGCAGUUUAUCCGCUACCUCAUCUCCUCCAACAUUGGCGAGGUUGUGUGCAUCUUCCUCACGGCCGCGCUUGGUCUGCCCGAGGCGCUCAUCCCCGUGCAGCUGCUGUGGGUCAACCUGGUCACGGACGGCCUCCCCGCCACCGCCCUCAGCUUCAACCCGCCGGACCUCGACAUCAUGGAGAAGCCCCCUCGCUCCUCCCAGGACCAGCUGAUCAGCGGCUGGCUGUUCUUCCGCUACAUGGCCGUCGGCAUCUACGUUGGCGCCGCCACCGUUGCCUCCACCGUCUGGUGGUACAUGUUCUACGAGGAGGGCCCUCAGUUCACCUGGUCCCAGGUGACGGGCUUCAAGUCGUGCACUGCCGAGAACUGGGAGUCGACCUUCCUUGGCCAGAACAACGCCUUCCUCGAGGAGGGAUGCAACACCUUCAAGGAUGACCGCCCCAUGACCAUGGCCCUCUCCGUCCUCGUCGUCAUCGAGCUCCUCAACGCCCUCAACAGCGUGUCUGAGGACCAGAGCCUGCUUGUGAUGCCCCCAUGGAGGAACAUGCUGCUCAUUGCCGCCGAUCUCCUCUCCCUCGGCCUCCACUUUAUGAUCCUCUACGUCCCAUUCAUGGCGUCGCUGUUCCAGCUGACUCCACUGACGUGGUACGAGUGGCAGUGGGUCCUCAUCUUCUCCGUGCCCGUCCUCUUCCUCGACGAGAUUCUCAAGUUUGUCUCGCGCAUGUCUGACAAGCAGCACGCCAAGAAGCCCAAGACCGACUAAGUGCACGCCUGAGUGAAACCGUUUGUGCAUGUGACUGCAGCGUACAGUGUACAGUGCAGGCAGCGUGCCAAACGAGCAACAAAACUUGGAAACUUUCACAAGAAAAGAAGGCACGAACAUGUGCAACCGCGUUGUUUUUGUGUUGUUGUUGCGAUUGCGAUUGUGUGUAUGCGUUGAUGUUUGUUUGCUUGCUUGCUUGCUUGCAUGAGCGUAAUGUAGUGUGAUGAUGUGGUUUGGAGAGAGCGAGACAUGGUGCGAAAAUGACGAGAAACAAAAAAAAAAACCCCCCACAAGUGGUUUGUGGAUGGAUGUGUGUGCGUGCGUAAUGUGUUGCGUUGGUUGUGGUUGUGCAUAUUCAUGACGGCCCAGUAAACUCAAGUGCAAGAGCGCUGGCGAGAUAGCAGAGGUAGAGUACCCACAGAUACACGC